UACUUUGUUUACGUUAUGAUUUCUGAAAUGUAAUGUGUGCCUAGAGACGAUCGAUUUGCUUAACGUUCGCUAGCUCAUUUAAAAUCCUACAGAGUAAGAAGCAACACACGAAAUUUUUUGUUCUUGAAUAAAAUGUCUGCACCAGUUGAAGUUGCCUCGAGUUCAUCAUCGCAGGAUAUGUUUUCGAUCGAGUUGGAAGCCUCACUCGUUCUGUGGAUAUACCAGGAUAUUACUCCCGAACACAAGGAUAGUUUGUGCAAAAUCGCUGCCAUAGCUGCGGCAUGUCAUAUCGUAACGAAAGAAGGUAUACCAGAAAAUUUUGGUAAGUUGCUCGCGUUCGAGCUCUACUCAGGGGCAAGAGGCGAGGACUACAAACCAAGACAGACAAGGGUCGUUGCAGUCAAAAAAUGGACGAACAACAUGGUCCGCACAUUUAUCAAUAAGAAAUCAAGUUUAGCCGAGUCAUUGGUCAAUAUAGAAAUUGGAGUAAGACGAUAUCAAGUUAAUUACGUAGUGAUGCUAGACUUUCAACCCAUCAUUGUCGGUAACAUGCACGCAGAGAACAUAUCGCCGGAAAAUCUGCUACUUACACUUCCUGCAGAUUUUCAUAAGAUUUUCGAGGAUAUGAAGACACCACGUUUAGAAACUCAAGGCGGAAUAGUCCUCGACACAGAUGUCCAAAAAAUGGUAGCUGAUAUCGCCAGAAUAUGUCAACCAGCUCAAGUUGCCCGGACAAUAGAAGGGAAAUUAGCAGUGACGUUAGACGUAACAAUAAAAUUAAACACGGACGUUGAUAUUGUAGAAAAUGAUAAAGAUUUUAUUUCUCGAAGAAUUGCUCUUAUUAUCGUAAUGCAUCUCUCGCAUAAGAUUCAAUCCCCGUGGAUAGAUUUCAAUUUGCAUACCGCUUGGGAAUUGUUCUUGAAAUUACAAAAGACUAAUUACGCUGAACCGUAUCGGAUGCGGCUGCAUUACGAGGUGGACAAUGUGAACAUAGAUGGAUCGAGAACGAUCGCUUCGCUCUUCAAAGGCAAGUGUUCAAUGAGUAUGAAAAAUAAGUCGCCCGUACUCAAUUACAAAGUGAGUUAUGCAUACCAGCCCAAUCCGCCUGAAAGAAUUAACGAAGAUCUUAUGCCCGGGGAAGUGAAAUCUCUCGAUGCAGUUCCGCUUGAUUUUUCUACUAUAGUCAAGGAAGUUGAACGCAGGAGAUAUUACUUCGCAGAGAGAUCUAAUAUCCCUUGGCAAAGAUUGGCUGAUGAGGUCGCAACAGUCUGCCUCCCUGCUGAAAUGGAUUGAAGAGGGCUACAAUGUUUGAAAUACCAUUCAUAUCAUCCAAUUUAAAAUCAGCCCCUUUCAAAACAAUUCAUAUUUGAAGACAUCGAGACUAACUCGUUGAGAUUUUGCCAUAUCCAACGCCUUCCAUCCAAAAUCAAAUAUGUCUGAUUUAAGAAUUAAUCUCUCUAAUAUUUGAAACUUCUUUUAUAAGAAAAAAUAUGAGUCAACAGUGUUAUAAAUGUGUAACGAUACAUUAGAUUGAUGGUUUUUUAUGUAUCAAAAGAUAUCGAACUAUUUUCCAUUUUUACAUGCAGAUCAAUAAUCAAAGAUGUACUAUUUUAAAUCGAGUACUCAAUUUUCCAAACAAUAAUUCAUUAAAAAAAAUUUAAAUAAUAA